AUGCUCCAAAUAUAACAUCAAACACCACCAGAAAUAAAUAGAAUAAGACAAUUGAUAUGCAAAGCAGGGGAUGAUGGAGCAGAUACAUUCAAAAAGGAUCUAUAAAAAAUAGUUGAUGUCUUAGGCGAAUAUUAUCAAUAAAACAAAUAGGAUGUGAAAGAUGCAAUGAUAUAAUCCUUCAUUUAAUGUGCAAAGUUGUUGCCACUCAAAUCUGGAAUAUAUGCUACGAUAUUGGCACUUUUAUCAACCAAACAAACAACACAAUCCUUGACAGACUAGAUCAUCCUUGGAUUACUCGAACACCUUCCCUAAAUAGCCUAAGAGGAAACACCUAUAUUGGGACAAACUAUCCUCAAAUUUCUAAGUGAAUUGAUGAAUGUUGGUUUGCUUAAUACUGUGAGUUUUGUGGAAUGCUUGUAUGAUUUGGAAGGAGGAGCUGAGAAUGAGCAAUCCCCAUUCUAUCUUCAGAUUUUGUUAACCACCAUCCCUCACGCUAUGAUAAAGGCAAUGGAGAAGAAUUAGAUUGAAUUCAAAAAUAUCAUAUAGAAUGUUGAAGUCUUAAUGACCAAGAGAAAAACUGAAGAUAGAUUAUUUCAUCUGUGGCAAUCCAUACGCAACUUUUUAAAUAAUUAGGAGAAGGAUGCCCACACCUAAAUAUUUUAAUAAUUCUUGAAAACCUCAUAUCCAAGGCCUUAUUUGUUGUUUCCUGAUGAGAUGACAUAGGUCAGACAAUUGAGAAGAGGUUUCAAGAUCCCUAUAGUAAAAAGAACCUAAAUCUGGAGACCUCAAUAGAUACUGGUUCUUAAUGAUGAAAUUAGAUCACAAAGCAACAACAAAACUGAUAUCCAAAUAGAGAUCACCAGACAAUGGAUCUAUGAAACCAUUGAUCUAUUCAAGACCAAUAGAUAGUAAAUCGUAUUCCAAUUUUAAUUGUACUAGAAUUGCAUUAAAAUGACACCAUCAUAAGAAGCUUAAUUCAGAUAAACCUUAAUCUUCACUUUAUUAAAUAUGGUUAUAGAAGUUGUUCCAAGAAAAGACUAAUUAUCUACUGCCUUCUACAGUGGUCUUCUGACUCAUUUAAGCUAGAGAAAUUCUGAUAGCAUAAAAGAAUGGAAUGAAACUAUAGAAUAGUUCAUUGACUUAAUUCCUUAGAAUAAUAUCCUGAUUGUAGAACAACUAAGCGAUUGCUUAUCCCAUUACUUUUGUAAUUCCAACUUUAAGUUGAAUUGGGACAAGUACUUUGGGAAAUACAACCCUGAUGAAACAGAUAGUUUCAAUAAUUAUCUAGUUGUUAUGAUAUUUAGAAAACUAUUCCUGUUAGUGAGUGUUGAGAAGAUCACAGAUUUAGUACCUAAGAAUAUUAUCGAUUGGUAUAAUUCAUUGUAGGAUAUUACAAAACCUUUGGAUAUUGAACAACUCAGUGUAGCAGAGAAGAUUAAUUCGUAUCUGUAAUAAAAAUUGAAUGGAAUUGAGAUGCUUGAGUAAUUAAAAUUGAUUACCAAUCCUGGUCCAGAAGUUGUCAUUUAAACCUUUUUAGAAUCUCUAUUAUAAUCUAUAUCCAAGUCCAUUACUCAUUUGAAUGUCUUAAGCAAAAGAUAUCUCUCCUUUUUGUUGUAGCCAAACAUAAUUAAACCUGAAAAAUUAGGAGAAAUUCUGCUUUAGACCAUUUUUCGUAUGUGGAAUCAUUCAAUAUUUCAUCUGAAGGUAUACUUAAAAGAGUUUUUGAAUUUGGAAGUAAUUAGUAAUUUAUAAAUUAUCAACUGGGUGGGCGAAAUCAUCAAAUAGAAAUCGGAGGCCUUUAAAAUCUAUAAUGUUUUGAUUGCAAUCAACGAUGUUUUCAGGAAGUAGACAAAACUAGAUUAGGUUCAGGAUUGCACCUAUGAGAAUGUUAAGGAAAUUAAUACUAUUUUGACUAAGAUGAUUGAAUAGGAACAAGAUAUUAUUAUCUAAUCAAGUUUAGAGACCAUUUAGCUCUAAAUAUUGAUUGCAUUCAAAUCAACGAAUGGGGCUCAAUCGGAGAAGUUAUUAAAAGAAGUAAAAUCAACUUAUAUAAAAUAAAUUAUUAUGUCAUUUUGA